AUGGAUUGUUCUUCGUUUCUCGACAUAUCUCUCGAUCUCAACACCAACCCUUUCGAUCGUAAUUUCCCCGAUAAACUUCCGAAGAAAGAAGUCAAGGUUUCGACUUCUGCUGAUUUAGAAAGGAAAUGGUUGGUGAAAGACGAGAGCGCAAGUGAGUUAAGAGAGGAGCUAAACAGAGUAAACUCAGAGAACAAGAAGCUAACAGAGAUGCUAGCCACAGUCUGUGAGAAAUACUACGCUCUUCAUAGCCAUUUGGAGAAGCUUCAGAGUCGUCAAAGCCCUGAAAUGGAUCAGACAGAGCAACCGACAAAGAAAAGAAAACAAGACACGGAUGAGUUAUUAGGGUUUCCGAUUGGUCUCGGUAGUGGAAAAACUGAGAACAGCUCCAGCAACGAAGAUCAUCAUCAACAUGAGCAGAAAAAUCAGCUUCUCUCAUGUAAAAGACCAGUCGUCACUGAUAGCUUCAACAAAGCAAAGAUUUCUACUGUCUAUGUCCCUGCUGAUUCUUCCGACACAAGCUUGACAGUAAAAGAUGGAUAUCAAUGGAGGAAAUACGGACAGAAGGUUACAAGAGAUAACCCGUCGCCUAGAGCUUACUUUAGAUGCUCGUUCGCGCCGUCUUGUCCUGUUAAAAAGAAGGUGCAACGGAGCGCAGAGGAUCCGUCGUUACUGGUAGCUACAUAUGAAGGGACGCACAAUCACUUGGGUCCGAAUGCGUUUGAAGGAGAUGCUACAAGUCAGGUUGGGUCAAGCACUGUGACGUUGGAUCUUGUGAAUGGUGGUGGUGGUCAUAGGUUAGCUUUGGAGAAGAAUGAAAGAGGAACGAUGCAAGACGUUCUUGUUCAACAAAUGGCGUCUUCUUUAACGAAAGAUUCGAAGUUUACUGCUGCUCUUGCUGCUGCUAUAUCCGGGAGGUUGUUGGAGCAGUCUAGAACUUGA